UUAAGUAUAGGGGAGGAAGAGUAAUUGCCCCCAACAAAAAACUGACAAAUUGCCAUCAUCAUAUACUGCUUUUGCUACGAAAACAACAACAAAAAAAAAAUCAAUCCUUCUACAAGUGUAAAUCUUAGCCACAAAGGUGAUGGAACUUAUCCAACUAUUUCAUCACAUGAAAACCAAAAGAGGUAGUUAAGCCUAUAACAAAGCUCAAACUCUUCCCUCCCAAGUAGAAAAAAGCCAGCAUGAGUAGUAAAGAAUCUCAGUCCAAGACCUCAAAUGAAGAGGAAGAUUGCUUAUUUGUUAUGCAACUUGCAAGUGCUUCAGUCCUUCCCAUGGUACUAAGAGCUGCAAUUGAGCUUGAUCUGCUAGAGAUCAUAGCCAAGGUUGGGGCUGGUAACUUCAUCUCCCCUUCAGAGAUUGCUUCUCUUCUACCCACACAAAACCCAGAUGCUCCUGUCAUGAUUGAUCGCAUACUUCGGCUUCUCUCAAGCUACUCCAUCUUGAAUUGUUCUCUGGUAACUGAAGAAAAUGGUGGUGGAGUCAGAAGAUUAUAUGGGUUAGCACUUGUGAGCAAGUUCCUAGUAAGCAAUCAAGAAGAAGUUUCAUUUGCUCCCUUUGCUUUCUUGUUACAGGAAAACCCCUUCAUUGAAAGUUGGUACCAUUUGAAAGAAGCAGUUCUUGAAAGAGGAACCCCAUUUGAGAAGGCCCACGGAAUGAACUUAUUUGAUUAUCUUGGCAAGGAACCUAUAUUUAAUAAAGUCUUCAAUACAGCUAUGUAUAAUGCCACUAUGGUAACUAUGAAAAAGGUUCUUGAGACUUACAGGGGAUUUGAGGGCCUAAAGGAGGUAGUUGAUGUUGGUGGUGGCUAUGGAGUGACUCUAAACCUGAUCAUUUCUAAGUACCCUACAAUCAAGGGAAUCAACUUUGACUUGCCUCAUGUGGUCAAAGGUGCACCAUCCUAUCCUGGGGUUGAGCAUGUUGACGGAGAUAUGUUUGUAAGUGUUCCGAAAGAAGAUGCAAUUUUUGUAAAGUGGUUACUCCAUGCCUUGAAUGAUGAGAAAUGCCUGAAAUUGUUGAAGAAUUUCUGGGAAGCACUACCAAACACUGGAAAAGUGAUUGCUGUUGAGUCUGUAGUUCCUGACGCACCCAAGAGCAGUCUCCUAGCUCAUAACGUCUUCCAGAUGGACCUUAUGAUGUUGGCUCAAUCAGGAGGAAAGGAAAGGACAGAGAAAGAAUUUUGAAGCCUUGGCUCAACUA